GUGAUGUACACCGUGGGCUACUCGGUGUCGCUGUGUGCGCUGCUCCUCGCCCUGGCCCUGCUGCUGGGCUUCAGCAAGCUGCACUGCAUGAGGAACUACAUCCACAUGAACCUCUUCGCCUCCUUCAUCUUGAAGGGCGUCUCCGUGCUGGUCAUCGACGCCCUGCUCAAGACCCACUACAGCGACAAGAUCGACGACUACAACGUGCACAUCUGGCUGAGCGAUGAGGCAGCCGCGGGCUGCCGGGCGGCCACAGUCUUCAUGCAGUACGGCAUCGUGGCCAACUACUGCUGGCUGCUGGUGGAGGGCAUCUACCUGCACAACCUCCUGGUGGUGGCCGUCUUCUCUGAGAGGAGCUACUUCACCCUCUAUCUGUGCAUUGGCUGGGGGGCGCCCAUGCUCUUCCUCAUCCCCUGGGUCAUUGUGAAGUUCCUCUACGAAAACAUCCAGUGCUGGACCACGAACAACAACAUGGGCUUCUGGUGGAUCCUUCGCUUCCCCGUGUUCCUGGCCAUCCUGAUCAACUUCUUCAUCUUCAUCCGCAUCAUCCAGAUCCUUGUCUCCAAGCUCCGCGCGCACCAGAUGCGCUACACCGACUACAAGUUCAGGCUGGCCAAGUCCACGCUGACACUGAUCCCGCUGCUGGGCAUCCAUGAGGUGGUCUUCGCCUUCGUCACGGACGAGCACGCGCAGGGCACCCUGCGCUACGUCAAGCUCUUCUUCGACCUCUUCCUGAGCUCCUUCCAGGGGAUGUUGGUGGCCAUUCUCUACUGCUUCGUCAACAAGGAG